AUGAAAGAAUUGAGCAAUGGGAAAAACCUGGCUUCCAAAGUGCUGACGGCUAAAGCGUUGGAUCUGGCACCGCCAGCUUGGGAAGUGGAACCGAAAGUGAAAGUAAGUCGCGAAGACUCGCUGUUUUUGAUAUCGUACUCGGAUGCAGCGGUCUCCAGACUGCCGAUGGUUUUGCCGUCGUUUCAAGAAUUCAAGGUGUCCUUGUACAUUGAUAUCCCCACAAUAGACUACUACAACGACCAGCUGACUCACAACCGACUCUCUAAAAUCAACAAGAAGUUUAAGAUCCACAAGCUGCGAGAGCGCAUUCUGGCCAGCAUAACGGACUUCGAGGACUCCGUGUGGGACUCGCUGUUGCAAAAAUCGUCCUCCAGCUGGCCUGUGAGCUUCACGUUUUCUGUCGCCUCCAGCGGAGCGCUUCGCUACGUCGAAACCAUCAAAUUUCUGAUAGAAUCGUGUUGGCAUCGCAUCCAGAAUCACAAGGAAAUCUCCAAAUAUGUUCGUGCCGUGUUCAGGAUACAGGUGUCGCCCACGUCAUUGAUCUGGUUCAAAACUUUCCUCAACAAAGACCUGCUGGCCCGUGCAACAGUCCAUUUCGAAGUCAUGGGCAAUUAUAACAUGAUCACUUCGUCUACCACGCCCUUCAAAGAAUAUUACACUAAACUGACGGAGAAAUUCACACCUCAGAAUGCUUCGCGGUCUCAUAUCUCGAAGUCCUCCAAGAAAGCAGGCGUUUUGGACUCCAUAAUCGUAGUAACUAAUAGCACCGGGGUUAAAGCACUCUUGACCAUCUUAUCCGACAAGCCUCUCACCAGCUACUUAUCCAACGAAUCGCUAAAUGCCUUGCACAGCAACGCUUUGCAGAAGAAGCCCUCGAAACCGCCGGAAGUGGAGCCCACUGAUAGCGAGGAAGAAGAAACACCGCUAAAACGAGACUCAUCUUCACUGCUGAACUUCCAAAAUUCCCUACUUACGUCGAACAAAGACAAAUCUGUUAAAGUCAUUACUGCACCGUACACCCGCACAAAUUCUCGUCUGGCCAGGUCUCGCUCUCCCAAUGUGUUCCCAUCUGGGAGAGGCAACAUGAGCCCCAACAGAAACAUGACAGAAGAAGAGCAAGAGCAGUUGGAGCCCUAUGAGGACUCGGAGGAGGAGGAAGAAGAUGACGAAGAUGAUGAUGGCGAUGAUGAAGACGGUCUGAGCUUUUCGGUGCCUAGCAGGCUAUCGCGCUGUGGCUCAGAAACGGACUUCUCUGCGAAAAAUUCCCUGGAGGCCGAAUCUACAGCUCGCAGAUUUCGGUCUCUCAGCUUGAUGGACCCAGCGUUGCAAGCACCUUUCGCUCAGAAUGGGUCACAGUCGCAGGAUGCUCCACGAUUGCAGGGACAGGGACGUGAAGAGCCUCCCACGAUGGAAAAUAUUGAGGACGAGAUGUGCUCUCCUACUGCCAAUAGACUCAACCAAGGGUGUUCUAAUAUUUACGUCCACGAUGGCCAUUUCGCUGAGCAGCCUAUUUCUACGGCACCCAAACGAGCGCGACGACUUCCACGAACCAAAUCGGCCAACAACUUCAGCGUUGGACUUAUCCCGCCGGAGUUUUUCUCGAGGAUUUCGUCUCCAUCUUCCAGUAACAGCAGCUCUAACACCUCGCUAAGCAACCUCAACAUUUUACCUGGCACUUUUUCGAAGCUCUUGCGCACGCCUGGCGACGCUAGUGGUGGAGAAGAUGAAGAGCCUAACCUACUAGACGCGACAUCACAACGCACAUCUAAGUUGUCGCCAUCUCGUUUUGCUGUAAGUCCUUUGGCGCCGCAUGAUAUGAAUCGUUUUGCGCUGAAUUUCAAGGCUAGUAAACCUAUUCCAAUUAGCGCGAAAGCUUUGGAUGAUGAGGACCGAUUGAUGUUUGGGUCGGGAAAUCCGAAUGAUCUGGCCUUAGAAGAAGACGCCAAAUCGAACCCAGAGUCAGUUUCGACUUUGGUGGGUCGAAACAACGGUGCAGCUUCGGAGUCGCCCUCGUUGAAUUCCUUUAAUUUGCGCAUAUAUGCAGACGAGGAUUCAGCGUCGCGUCCAAAAUCGCACUCCAGCUCAGUCAAGCCACUUGAACCCGCCAAACCGGCGUACAAGAAACCCAAGUUCACGUUGGACCUGUAUAACGACGAGGAAACGCAAUCAAAUGGUGGUUGGCUUCUAGGUGGUUUCGGAAGGUGA